AUGGGCGUGCAGGAUCCAUUGGAAAGCUCUGCUGCCCAAGGCCCCGCUGAAACCGCGGCAUCUUUUUCAUCAGGCAUUGAUACCUCAGAUACCCAUGCAUCCAUAAGAAAAGCAUCGAGAGAAAAAAACACACAAACUGGCAAACCACCAGUGGCUGUGGUGUCUAAAGGCAACAAGAUUCUUUCAUUCAUUUUGCGACCCAAAGUUGCGAUAGCAAUUGCAAUUAUCCAGCGAAUCAUUAUAUUUUUCUGGGGUCUCUACCAAGAUGCCAACAUGGAACCUCGGUUCACAGACAUUGAUUAUUUCGUCUUUACAGAUGCAUCGCGGUUUAUGGCGUCAUCAACCACAACAAUAGUAAACGGGGCUCCGGUAACCGUCUCUGGAACCCCGUACGACCGCGAGACAUACCGAUACACGCCUAUAUUAGCCUGGCUACUUGUUCCCACAAGCACCUGGUUUUUCAGUUUUGGCAAGGUGCUGUUUGCAGUUGGAGAUAUUGUUGCGGGCGUGCUUAUUCUGCGCAUUCUCAUUCGCAUCCAGAAAAUACAAGAGUCCAAAGCUGUACUCUAUACCUCUGCAGUCUGGUUACUUAACCCCAUGGUGUCUGCUAUUUCCACUCGGGGAUCAUCAGAAGGCCUGCUGGGUGCAAUUGUCAUGGUGUUUGUGUAUGCUGUUUCUGCACGCCAGAUUGCCUUGGCAGGCCUGGUGGCUGGCUUUGCCGUACAUUUUAAGAUAUACCCCAUCAUUUACAUUCCAACAGUGAUUUGGUCGCUUGCCAGCAAUACCCCAGAGAUAAAAGAAAAAGAAGAAGAGAAGAAUGAGAUUCGGAACAAAGGCCGAGAUUCGAUCUUUCCGGCCAGUGUUGCGAAAAAGUCAGCGGUUUUAAACUUUGUCAAUCGAGAUAGAGUUGUGUUUGGGGUUACGAGUGCGGUAACAUUUUUGCUCCUGACCCUGUGGAUGUACCAGAUUUACGGGUGGCCGUUUUUGCAGCAUACUUAUCUUCAUCAUUUGUCACGCAUUGACCAUCGCCAUAACUAUUCCCCUUAUUCAACGCUGCUAUACAUGUCGUCGUCACCACCAGCCACGGAGAGCUAUGCGGCAGCUGUUGCUAGCGGUAAUGGGUUUAGAGAGUUUGCAUACAAGGUUCUGGGCCAGCCAUCAGCGUGGGCCUUUUUCCCUCAGUUGCUGCUGAGCGGAAUUCUGCUGCCUCUUUUGUUUGCGAAGCGGGAUGUGCCCAAGACAUUGUUUUUGCAGACAUUUGCGUUUGUGACGUUCAACAAGGUGUGCACGGCCCAAUACUUUAUGUGGUAUAUGGUGCUGCUACCGUUUUACCUUCCCUCGCUCAUCAAUUACCUGACGUGUGCUGAUGAUAAGAACAAAAAGAAGGGCUGUGGAGUGUUGGUUGGCUUGACCAUGGCGGGACUGUGGGUUGGGUCACAAGUCUUGUGGGUGCGUCAGGCGUACUUGGUAGAGUUUCUGGGUGUGUCAACGUUUUACCCCGGGCUUUUCACAGCAACCUUGAUUUUUUUCAUUGUCAACUGUCUUUGCCUUGGACUUUUCAUCAGGGCCAUGUAA